AUGUUUGAUGAAUGCGCAUUGUCACAUCGUGUUAAAGUGAUUGAAACAGUGGCUUCAAGCAGUAGCAACAACAGCCCAGAACUAACCUACGCAAAUAUUUUAAAAGGAACAUCACCACAAGAACAACCGAAUUUGUUGUUUUCCGUUAAAAAACCAGAAACAAAUAUUGAAAUUAACAAAAUGACCAACGGAAUUGGAUGCAUCACAAGCAACGCCUUGCGAAAUGCCAAACAACAGGAUCGUCUUAUUGUUGGCUUAACGCAGGCUAUAAAAACCCUAUCAAAUGAUCCAGAAGAUACAAUGUUUUGUAUAUUGGCACAACCGUCACCAGGUGAUAGUGCAGCACACAUGCAAGUCAUUUUACUCGAAGCCUUUUGCUAUGAAAAUGGUAUCUAUACCAUUAAAGUCGACGACAUGGAAAAAUUGUCAACGAUUGUUGGGGCACCAAAAUUGGAAAACUGCGUGUUAAUGCAACGUUUCAAGCAUGAAUCUCCAGACAAUAAUCAACCGUUAAAAUUGAAAUUCUUCGAUUUGGAAGAAAGACUAAUCGACCAUUGCGAAGACUAUUGGGAUGCACAACAUAAGCCAAUUAUUCGUUUGCCGGACGAGUGA